AGAUGAAUUUACAACUGAUUUUCUGGAUUGGACUGAUCAGUUCAGUUUGCUGUGUGUUUGGUCAAACAGAUGAAAAUAGAUGUUUAAAAGCAAAUGCCAAAUCAUGUGGAGAAUGUAUACAAGCAGGGCCAAAUUGUGGGUGGUGCACAAAUUCAACAUUUUUACAGGAAGGAAUGCCCACUUCUGCACGAUGUGAUGAUUUAGAAGCCUUAAAAAAGAAGGGUUGCCCUCCAGAUGACAUAGAAAAUCCCAGAGGCUCCAAAGAUAUAAAGAAAAAUAAAAAUGUAACCAACCGUAGCAAAGGAACAGCAGAGAAGCUCAAGCCAGAGGAUAUUACUCAGAUCCAACCACAGCAGUUGGUUUUGCGAUUAAGAUCAGGGGAGCCACAGACAUUUACAUUAAAAUUCAAGAGAGCUGAAGACUAUCCCAUUGACCUCUACUACCUUAUGGACCUGUCUUACUCAAUGAAAGACGAUUUGGAGAAUGUAAAAAGUCUUGGAACAGAUCUGAUGAAUGAAAUGAGGAGGAUUACGUCCGACUUCAGAAUUGGAUUUGGUUCAUUUGUGGAAAAGACUGUGAUGCCUUACAUUAGCACAACACCAGCUAAGCUCAGGAACCCUUGCACAAGUGAACAGAACUGUACCAGCCCAUUUAGCUACAAAAAUGUGCUCAGUCUUACUAAUAAAGGAGAAGUAUUUAAUGAACUUGUUGGAAAACAGCGCAUAUCUGGAAAUUUGGAUUCUCCAGAAGGUGGUUUUGAUGCCAUCAUGCAAGUUGCAGUUUGUGGAUCACUGAUUGGCUGGAGGAAUGUUACACGGCUGCUGGUGUUUUCCACAGAUGCCGGGUUUCACUUUGCUGGAGAUGGGAAACUUGGUGGCAUUGUUUUACCAAAUGAUGGACAGUGUCACCUGGAAAAUAAUAUGUACACAAUGAGUCAUUAUUAUGAUUAUCCUUCUAUUGCUCACCUUGUCCAGAAACUGAGUGAAAAUAAUAUUCAGACAAUUUUUGCAGUUACUGAAGAAUUUCAGCCCGUUUACAAGGAACUGAAAAACUUGAUCCCUAAGUCAGCAGUAGGAACAUUAUCUGCAAAUUCUAGUAAUGUAAUUCAGUUGAUCAUUGAUGCAUACAAUUCCCUUUCCUCAGAAGUCAUUUUGGAAAACGGCAAAUUGUCAGAAGGAGUAACAAUAAGUUACAAAUCUUACUGCAAGAACGGGGUGAAUGGAACAGGGGAAAAUGGAAGAAAAUGUUCCAAUAUUUCCAUUGGAGAUGAGGUUCAAUUUGAAAUUAGCAUAACUUCAAAUAAGUGUCCAAAAAAGGAUUCUGACAGCUUUAAAAUUAGGCCUCUGGGCUUUACGGAGGAAGUAGAGGUUAUUCUUCAGUACAUCUGUGAAUGUGAAUGCCAAAGCGAAGGCAUCCCUGAAAGUCCCAAGUGUCAUGAAGGAAAUGGGACGUUUGAGUGUGGCGCGUGCAGGUGCAACGAAGGGCGUGUUGGUAGACAUUGUGAAUGCAGCACAGAUGAAGUUAACAGUGAAGACAUGGACGCUUACUGCAGAAAAGAAAACAGUUCAGAAAUCUGCAGUAACAAUGGAGAGUGCGUUUGUGGACAGUGUGUUUGUAGGAAGAGGGAUAAUACAAAUGAAAUUUAUUCUGGCAAAUUCUGCGAGUGUGAUAAUUUCAACUGUGAUAGAUCCAAUGGCUUAAUUUGUGGAGGAAAUGGUGUUUGCAAGUGUCGUGUGUGUGAGUGCAACCCCAACUACACUGGCAGUGCAUGUGACUUUAACAGAGAAUGUGUUCAGUGCAGAGCCUUCAAUAAAGGAGAAAAGAAAGACACAUGCGCACAGGAAUGUUCCUAUUUUAACAUUACCAAGGUAGAAAGUCGGGACAAAUUACCCCAGCCAGUCCAACCUGAUCCUGUGUCCCAUUGUAAGGAGAAGGAUGUUGACGACUGUUGGUUCUAUUUUACAUAUUCAGUGAAUGGGAACAAUGAGGUCAUGGUUCAUGUUGUGGAGAAUCCAGAGUGUCCCACUGGUCCAGACAUCAUUCCAAUUGUAGCUGGUGUGGUUGCUGGAAUUGUUCUUAUUGGCCUUGCAUUACUGCUGAUAUGGAAGCUUUUAAUGAUAAUUCAUGACAGAAGGGAGUUUGCUAAAUUUGAAAAGGAGAAAAUGAAUGCCAAAUGGGACACGGGUGAAAAUCCUAUUUAUAAGAGUGCCGUGACAACUGUGGUCAAUCCGAAGUAUGAGGGAAAAUGAGUACCGCCUGUGCAAAUCCCACAACACUGAAUGCAAAGUAGCAAUUUCCAUAGUCACAGUUAGGUAGCUUUAGGGCAAUAUUGCCAUGGUUUGGCUCAUGUGCAGGUUUUGAAAAUGUACAAUAUGUAUAAUUUUUAAAAUGUUUUAUUAUUUUGAAAAUAAUGUAAUUCAUGCCAGGGACUGACAAAAGACUUGAGACAGGAUGCUUAUUCUUGUCAGCUAAGGUCACAUUGUGCCUUUUUGACCUUUUCUUCCUGGACUAUUGAAAUCAAGCUUAUUGGAUUAAGUGAUAUUUCUACAGUGAUUGAAAGGGCAAUAGUUAAUGAGCAUGAUGAGAGUUUCUGUUAAUCAUGUAUUAAAACUGAUUUUUAGCUUUACAAAUAUGUCAGUUUGCAGUUACGCAGAAUCCAAAGUAAAUGUCCUGCUAGCUAGUUAAGGAUUGUUUUAAAUCUGUUAUUUUGCUAUUUGCCUGUUAGACAUGACUGAUGACAUAUCUGAAAGACAAGUACAUUUAGAGUUGCUGGUGUAAAAUAGGUUUGAAAUAGUUGAUCUCCACAGGCCAUGGGAAAAAUUCAGAGAGUUAGGAAGGAAGAACCAAUAGCUUUAAAACCUGUGUGCCAUUUUAAGAGUUAAUGUUUGGUAACUUUUAUGCCUUCACUUUACAAAUUCAAGCCUUAGGUAUAAGAACCGAGCAAUUUUCUGCUAAAAAGUCCUUGAUUUAGCACUAUUUACAUAAAGGCCAUACUUUGCAAAGUAUUUGCUGAAUGGGGACCUUUCAAGUUGAAUUUAUUUUAUUUUAUUAUUUUUAUUUUGUUUAAUGUCUGGUGCUUUUUAUCACCUCUUCUAAUCUUUUAAUGUAUUUGUUUGCAAUUUUGGGUUAAGACUUUUUUUAUGAGUACUUUUUCUUUGAAGUUUUAGCAGUCAAUUUGCCUUUUUAAUGAACAUGUGAAGUUGUACCGUGGCUAUGCAACAGCUCUCACCUAUGCGAGUCUUACUUCGAAUUAGUGCCAUAGCAGACCACUGUAUGUUUACUUCUCACCAUUUGAGUUGCCCAUCUUGUUUCAUACUAGUCACAUUCUUGUUUUAAGUGCCUUUAGUUUUAACAGUUCACUUUUUACAGUGCUAUUUACUGAAGUUAUUUAUUAAAUAUGCCUAAAAUACUUAAAUCGGA